AUAUAAAUUGGUGCCCUCUUUCCCUCUUACAGUAAUUUUUGAAUUAUGAGAAUUUCUUCUUUUGGUAAUUAAAUAUUAAUCGUACAAUUCUAGUACCAGUAUAUUAGUAGUUUAGGGAAAUCUUUUCUUUAUUAUAGUUUGCUUCUUGAAACGUUUGCUUCAGUCUGAAUUACAUUCAUAUUAACGGGCCAGGUGCAUACUAUAAGCCAUUCGCUAGUGAACAAUCCAAUAGUGUUCAAAAAAUAUUUUGCAUAGCAUUCAUCUUAAACAACUAAGUCUAUUAUUUUUCAACAUAAUUUCAUUAUGAAGUAUUCAUUAUUUCUCUCGAUUGUGAGUUUGCUCUUAUCUUCAAAUAUUGCAUCUGCAGCUACUAUUCCUGCUUCUCCAUGGACAACUUUAACUCCAACUGCUACAAUUCCUGAUGCUACUUCUGAUUAUGGUUCAUUUGGAUUUGAAAUUGUUGUUCUUGAGACCGGUAGUGUUGUCAAAAGAGAUGUUUCUCAAAUAGAUGACGGUCAACUUCAAGUGGGUACUGCUGUAACUCAAAUUGGUGAUGGCCAAAUCCAAGCAGGUGGUUGCGUAGGUGCUGUCACUCAAAUUGGUGAUGGUCAAAUUCAAGCCGCUGGUACUGCUGCUGCAGUAACGCAAAUUGGUGAUGGUCAGAUUCAAGCUGCCGCUACAACUGCAGCUGCCGUUACUCAAAUUGGUGAUGGUCAAAUUCAAGCUGCUGCUACAACUGCAGCUGCCGUUACUCAAAUUGGUGAUGGUCAAAUUCAAGCUGCUGCUACAACUGCAGCUGCCGUUACUCAAAUUGGUGAUGGUCAAAUUCAAGCUGCUGGUACUGCUGCUGCAGUCACUCAAAUUGGUGAUGGUCAAAUUCAAGCUGCUGUCACCCAAAUUGGUGAUGGUCAAAUUCAAGCUGGUUCUUGUGAAGUGACUCAAAUCAGUGAUGGACAAAUCCAAGGUACUGGAACUCCUGAAAGUGGUUCAGUUGCAGGAGGAUUAAUUGCUGCUUGUGUUUCAUCUGAUGCAGUUGUCGUAACAUUGAAAGGUGGUAUUCUUUAUGAUUCUCAUGGUAGAGUCGGAUCCAUUGUUGCCAAUCGUCAAUUCCAAUUUGAUGGUCCACCACCUCAAGCAGGAGCUAUUUAUGCUGGUGGUUGGUCUAUUGUCCCAGCAAGUUAUGUGUCUCCCGAUGAUGGUUCAGGAGAAUCAUCAGAAAAUGGUCCUUCUAAAUUAGUCAAAAGAUCUGGCACUGGUUAUAAGUUGGCUCUCGGUACUCAAACAACUUUCUACAGAUGUAAAUCUGGAGAUUUCUAUAAUCUUUAUGAUGAAAGUAUUGGUGCUCAAUGUGGCCCUGUUGAGAUUGCAGUUUUCCAAGCAGUUGUAUGUUAAAGUGAUACCCUCGAUUUUGUUUGUUUUUCUCUCUAAUAAUUAUCAAAAGCAUGCGUAACUAGUUGUUUGUUCUUUUUAUUGGCCUUAUUGUUCAAUUUAUCAAUGUUUGCUUUUGCCCAUUCCUUUUCCAAUUGGUCUACAGAUCUACUUUUAAUUUCUUCAUCGUUACUUUUUUUUGCUACAGAAAAGUUUAUUUUUCGCAUCCAUUUUCUCAGGUUUUACGCUUGACAAUUUGAAGCUGUUAGUGUUCAAGUUGCUUCGUAUGUCGCGUUAUGACAGCCUACUUUUUACUAUUUAAUAUAUUAAUACUGUUAAUGAAUUAUAAAA